AGCUUAUUUAUUUUUUUUAAACAACCAACAAAGUCAUCGUUUGAUUUUCAUCUUAGGAAAUCAAAUGAUGAUGAUGAUGACACAACUUUCAUGAAUUAAAAGUUAAUACUACCAUAGUCAAUGCCAUUCAUUUCUUACAGUUCUUGGCAUUAACUGUAAGUAGGUGUAUCAUAUCUGCCACCAGCGCCAUUUGAUGGUACAUGCAUAAUUUGUAUUCACACGUUGAACUAUUUUAGCAUUCACUCGCUGACAAAAUGUUUCAAUCCUCACGAACGCAAAGGCAUUCAUCUUUGUGAAGCUAAUGAACAAAUAAUAAUACAGCUGUGCUCAUGGCAGAGCUGAAUCAACAAAAUUGUGCAACUUCUAAAAAAAAUGAAAAAGAUAAAUGCUUCCCUCCAGAGGUUUCCCUUGGUCAUUACAUGUUAAAUAAGAGGCCACUUGAUUUAUGCAUCCAUCUAAUCACACUUUCCCCCACCUCUGAGAUUAGUGUUUGAAAUGAUUGGUUGCAGUUGUGAUGGGUGUUAAAUAUUUAGGUUUAUAAAAUGAGUCUCCUCUGAAUAUAAUAUGUAUAUAUUUUUAUGAUCAUCAUUAUUGGAGAACUGCUUAGUUUUAACAAAGGACUCUUAUUUUGAAAACGUAACCGGGAUGUUCAUCGAAGUCGAAAGCAACCAGCAGGCACAGAGCGACUCAUGUUUAAAGUCAUUUUCCACUUUAAACAAGUCUCAGCUGCAAAUCAUCUGGUCUGCAGGAGGUGAAACGUUGCCAUGAAUAUACUAGUACUGGCUAUGAUUUUACUGUUUCAAUUUUGUGGUCAAAGUUUUUGCCAAAAUGGAACCAAACCUAACAUUGUGAUGGUCAUGAGCGAUGCAUUUGAUGGGCGAUUGACCUUUGAUCCUGGCAGCAGAGUUGUACAGCUGCCUUACAUAAACUACCUCAGGCAGCUCGGUUCCACCUUCCUCAAUGCAUACACCAACUCUCCCAUCUGCUGCCCUUCAAGAGCAGCAAUGUGGAGCGGUCAGUUUGUUCACCUCACCCAGUCCUGGAACAACUACAAGUGCCUUGAUGCAAAUGCAUCCACAUGGAUGGAUUUACUGGAGGCAAAGGGAUAUAUUACCAAGAUGAUGGGCAAGCUGGACUAUACCUCAGGGAGUCACUCUGUCAGUAAUCGAGUUGAGGCCUGGACACGAGAUGUUCAUUUGCUCCUGCGCCAAGAGGGCCGGCCAGUUACGCGACUUGUUGGGAACAUGUCAACAGUAAGGAUCAUGAGAAAAGACUGGGAAAACACGGACAAGGCUACACAGUGGAUCCACCAAACUGCUGCAUCCUCACAACGGCCGUUUGCUCUUUACCUUGGCCUAAAUUUACCCCACCCCUAUAAAACUGAAUCCCUGGGGCCCACAGCAGGAGGAUCCACCUUCCUCACCUCACCACACUGGCUCACAAAGGUGUCUUCUGAUCUCAUCUCUGCUCCUAAAUGGCUGCCCAUGGAUGCCAUGCACCCUGUCGAUUACUACUCCACCUUCACCAAAAACUGCAGUGGUGAUUUCACAGAGGACGAGGUCAAAAGCAUUCGGGCCUUCUAUUAUGCCAUGUGUGCCGAAGCUGAUGCCAUGCUGGGCCAGGUGAUUUCAGCCCUGAGAGAAACUGGGCUGCUUAACAACACUGUUGUGAUCUUUACGGCCGACCAUGGAGAGCUGGCCAUGGAGCACCGGCAGUUUUAUAAGAUGUCAAUGUUUGAGGGCAGUUCCCACGUUCCCCUGCUGAUCAUGGGGCCUGGGCUGAUGCCUGGCCAACAGAUCAACCAGCUUGUGUCUUUGGUUGAUCUCUAUCCUACUGUGCUGGACAUUGCUGGUAUUCCACCAGAAGGUAACCUCAGUGGACACUCCCUCUUUCCUCUGCUGUUCAAGUCUAGUGCUUUUCCCAAGAAGCAACAUCCAGACUGGGUACUGAGUGAAUAUCAUGGUUGUAAUGUCAAUGCCUCUACCUACAUGCUGAGAAGUGGGAAGUGGAAAUACAUCACCUAUUCGGAUGGCCUGAGUGUCCCUCCCCAGCUUUUUGACCUUACGCUGGACAAGGAAGAGCUUCACAAUGUGGUUCUCAAGUUCCCCGAGGUGACGGUGCAUCUGGACAAGCUGCUGCGCAGCAUCGUAGACUACCCAAAAGUCUCAACAGCGGUCCAUCUCUAUAAUAAAAAGGCAUUUGGGGCCUGGAGAGAUAGUCUGGGCAGAAACUACAGCCAGGUCAUUGCUAAUCUCAGGUGGCAUGUCGAUUGGCAAAAAGAUGUGUCUGCCAAUGAGCGAGCUAUUGACAGGUGGCUUCAUGGUUUAUCGUGAUGGUGUCAUUUCCAGACCACCUGAGGGCUCAACAAAGCACUCUGUCUUUUAAAAAGGGCCUAAAAACCUUUAUUUUUAAACAAGUAUUCACCUAAAUUUUGUAUUUCCUCUUCUACCGAUGUUUUUUCUUUUUAAACCUUUUUUAAAUAUUUUUCUGGAUCUUGUUUUUACUCUAUGGCACUUUGAGAUUGCUUUUACUAAUGAAAACUGCUCUAUAAAUAAAAUGUAUCAUUAUUAUUAUUAUUUAUUUAUUUCAUGAGCUGGAUUUGCACUUUGAUUUAAGACUCUUAAAUCCCUUCUUCUAUUGUUUUCAUCUUUCAUUAUUUAAAUAAAUACAUAUUUUGUUCACA